AUGGCUUCUUCGUUGAGACUGGGAAGCUCCGUGGUGCGGUCGUCCCUGGCCACCAAGCCUGCUGUGCAGUCCGCCGCCUUCAAUGGCCUGCGCUGCUACUCCACUGGCAAAGCCAAGUCCCUGAAGGACACCUUCGCCGACAAGCUGCCCGGCGAGAUUGAGAAGGUCAAGAAGCUCCGCAAGGACUUCGGCUCCAAGGUCGUCGGCGAGGUUACCCUCGACCAGGUCUACGGUGGUGCUCGUGGAAUCAAGUCCCUUGUUUGGGAGGGUUCCGUUCUCGACAGCGAAGAGGGUAUCCGCUUCAGAGGCCGCACGAUCCCAGAAUGCCAGGAACAACUCCCCAAGGCUGUGGGCGGAGAGGAGCCUCUCCCGGAAGGUCUUUUCUGGCUGCUGCUCACUGGCGAGGUCCCCAGCGAACAGCAAGUUCGUGAUCUGUCCGCAGAAUGGGCUGCUCGUUCUGACGUCCCCAAAUUCAUCGAGGAGCUCAUUGACCGCUGCCCCAACGACCUCCACCCCAUGGCCCAAUUCUCCCUCGCCGUGACUGCUCUUGAGCACGAGUCCGCCUUCGCCAAGGCCUACGCCAAGGGUAUCAACAAGAAGGAAUACUGGCAAUACACUUUCGAGGACUCGAUGGACCUCAUCGCCAAGCUCCCCACCAUCGCUGCCCGCAUCUACCGCAACGUCUUCAAGGAUGGUAAGGUUGCUGCCGUCCAGAAGGAUAAGGACUAUGCUUUCAACUUGGCCAACCAGCUCGGCUUCGGCGAGAACAAGGACUUUGUCGAGUUGAUGCGUCUUUACCUGACCAUCCACUCUGAUCACGAGGGUGGUAAUGUCAGCGCUCACACCACCCACCUUGUGGGCAGCGCUCUCUCCUCCCCAUACCUGUCUCUCGCUGCUGGCUUGAACGGUCUUGCUGGUCCUCUCCACGGAUUGGCUAACCAGGAGGUCCUGGUCUGGCUACAGAAGAUGAAGAAGGCUAUUGGCAACGACUUGAGUGACGAGGCUAUCAAGAACUACCUCUGGUCUACCCUGAACGGCGGCCAAGUUGUUCCCGGCUACGGUCACGCCGUCCUCCGCAAGACCGAUCCUCGCUACGUGUCUCAGCGUGAAUUCGCUCUCCGCCACCUUCCUGAUGACCCCAUGUUCAAGCUCGUCAGCCAGGUUUACAAGAUCGCUCCUGGUGUUCUCACUGAGCACGGCAAGACCAAGAACCCCUACCCCAACGUGGAUGCUCACUCCGGUGUCCUCCUCCAAUACUAUGGCCUUACUGAGGCCAACUACUACACCGUCCUCUUCGGUGUGUCCCGUGCGCUCGGUGUCCUUCCCCAACUCAUCAUUGACCGCGCCCUUGGUGCUCCUAUUGAGCGCCCUAAGAGUUUCAGCACUGAGGCUUACGCUAAGCUUGUCGGAGCUAAACUCUAA